GCUAGUCAGCCCUGGCUCUGUCUAUGAGACAGCUGGUGACUGUUCUCUGAUUUCCAGCCCUAACCACGUGCAUGUCAAACUCUUAAAAUGGGAUGGGCCGUGAUUUAUUUGAGCCUUCACAGCAAAGCACGCUGUCUGGUGUGCGCGGGUAUACAUUCAUGACGGAAGACUGGAACAUUUUAAUGAAUUUAACAGGCUACUGAUUUUCAUUUGGACUAACCAGACAGUACCAGAGACGACUACAAGAUUCAGAAGAUACAGACAAGAACAGGUCUCGGGACUACAAUGAAUAUUCAGUCUGCUAUCAACAAAGAGGUCUUCAUCCCUUGUGAUGAGCGGAUGUUGGUUGCAGUGGAGGUGCGGAGGAGGAAAAGGAAGAGGUUGUCCUUCCUGCCUACUGGAGCCAAAGGAGACUACACCACAUUCAUCUGUGUUUCAGUGACGAACACACGGCCACAUCAGCUCCUCAUUACAAAGGUGAAGCGGUUUGGUGGCUCCUCUACCUUUACCAGAAGGUCCCAGUGGACAGUGGACCAGCUCCGACAGGUCAACGGCAUCAACCCCAACAAGGACAGCCCAGAGUUCAACCUGGUGUUUGACAAUGCUGUGGACCUAUGGUUGGCCAGCUCAUCAGCAGAGAAGUGUAUCUUUGUUCAAAUCCUGUACCACGCCUGCCAGAUCUACUGGGAGGGGAAAGCAGGGAGUCUUGGAAAAGUGAGCCACCAGCGGAGAGUGAGUCAGGGUGAUCACCAUGAGGUCGCAGCUGGUCCCGGUGAUUGCUCACCAGGCUCUACUUCCAGAGCGCUGCAGGCCCGACAGAAGAGCUACAUUCCUGCCAGACAGACAGAGUUCAUCAACUGCCAAUCCAAACUCACAGGAGACGCCUGCACCAUGAAUCUGAUCAUCUACCGCUGCAAAGCCUUCUUGAAUCGCAUGCAGAAUAUUAUGGUUGCAAAGCAAAGGCGAUCACAAGUUCAAGGUAAGGCAGUGAUUAAAUGGGUGCUUAAAGAGAAAUCUGCUGGCAUGGCGGUGGCUAAUAGAGCAGUCGCUAGCAUAGCAACUGAUGUUAGCGCGAUCCCUAAUGUGGAGGACUUAAUCGCUCAGGUCUUGGAAAAGCAACAACGUAUGCUUGAAUCAGUGAUCUACAAUGCAGUGAAGAGAGUGUUAGCGGAAAUGAAUUCCUCGCCACAGCACAUCAGGGCAGAUCCUGAGAUGCAGGAAAUUACAGUACGUGAUCCGGAGCAACCUGACUGCGUCAUAUUCACGAUCCAGCAGCUUCGGGAGCUUGAAGGGACACAACGAGCUAUAUGCUGA